UUCCUCAUAUCACAAAAAUGCUGAUAAUUUACCACCGCUAGCAAUGUCAUAGACUGGCUCUCAUCACUCUCAGCGAGCCUCAAAUCACCAUCGUCUACCAUGGAAGACACCGCGGUCGUCAAUCAAGGACCGUCGUCCUCUUUGCCCGUCGGAUCGAGCCAAUCUUUGAGUCUCAGCAGUCCCCGUCUACGUGUCAAAAUUACCCAUAUCGUCUCGGAUCAGGCGGCACCCAUUCCUACUCUUCGUCAGCACUAUGCUCCGUCUCGACUCGCAACCGCCAUACCGUUGGGUAAUCUACCACACAGCGUACCUGUUAUCCGGAUAUUUGGGACCACGUCCUCUUCGCAGAAAAUUUGUGCCAACAUACACUUGUGCUACCCAUACUUUUUUGUACCCUAUCCCAUGGACUCUCAAGAUCCGUUGCGGCCAGAGAGGGUGGUCAAACUUUGUCAAAGAUUCGCCGUCUCUCUCAACCAUGCGAUUUGUCUCGCACUUCGGCAAAAUCCGACAUCUGCAGCCAACAACACUAACUACGGCGGUGGUGUGGACCCAAAGCAUUUGCAUGUCGUCUCUGUGAUCCUUGUAAAGGGAACACCAUUCUAUGGAUAUCAUCUUGGAUUUGACUACUUUCUCAAAAUCAAUCUGGCAAAUCCGGCAAGACUGCAUAUAGCACUCGAGCAACUACGAAAGCCGAAUGUGCUAGGAAGAGAAUGGCAACCGCACGAAGCACAUCUCAAUCACGUUCUACAGUUUAUGUGUGACUUUGACCUGUAUGGUUGCGGAUGGUUGGAGCUGGGAGGAGGUACCUUCAGGGAACCCGUGCCAGAAGCAGAUCCGUUUGACUCCCUGUCAGAGACAGUUACCGAUGGUACUCUUGGCUUACUUAACUGUCGCACGAUACCCACUUCCAUGUUAUACCCCCCAGGCCUCUCUCCUGCGAAGGAUUCAUUUACUUCCCUUGAAAUUGACAUUCUUCCUCACCAGAUCCUAAAUCGACAGCGACUUAUGCCCCGUCUACUGCAUCAUGAUUUCAUUGAGCUGUUACAUAAGCCUUUGGAUCCCAACGAAAAGCUUGUGCCUGCGGUUGCAGAAUUGUGGGAAGAUGAAAGGCGAAGGAGAGCGGCUAAAGGAUUAGGCACUGGAACAAAUGAUAUGAUGCCAGGUAGCGGCGGGAUGGAUGGAAGAUCAAUGGAGGAACUUGGGUAUAGAGGCAAUCAAGUGGAUGGGAAGAAGAACAAGGGAGGUGAUUGGAAGAUCUCAGACGAGCUUUGGGCAAUACUGGAAGAGCGUAUGGGCGCUGAGAGGAAGAGAAAAGGGAAGCUGACAUUCCAGAAAUACUCUCGCGAUGUUUCAGCUGGCAGGGAAGGGGAAAAAUUGCAAUGGGAUAAGUGGAUCAUGACCACCUUUGAUGCUUUAUCAGCUCAUUGGCCCAAGCAAGCUAAGAAGGUCACCAAGACUACCCAAAUGUCCAGGAAGUCUCACAUGACUCUGCCAGCCGACACUUCAUCUAUAUACUACGGUUCUUCUCAGGAUAAGAAUGCCCUGUUCGGCGAGUCAACAUCUGUUACUUUGGAGGAACCGGGAAUGGAUUCAAGGUUGGAGAAAGAAGACGAAGAGAUAAAUCCCUUUGAGGCGUUCGCCAUGACUCAGGCUUCUCAACAUCCGCAACCAGUACCAGAGCUUUCCCAACAUGUUCAAGCAGUCCCAUUUAAAGAAGUUGAGGAUUCUGACCAAUAUUAUGUCGGCGAGGACGAGGGUGAUAUAGACGAGUACAAACAAGCUGAGGGGGCUCGAGUGCAUGCCCAAGAGACCGACAAGAUACGCGCCACACAAAUGGCGUCUGAGAUGGAAGGUCAUUAUGACGAGUACGAUGACAAAGAGCUUGAAGAGUUGUUCAGACAGACAGUGGCAGCUGGCUUGGGAAUCCAGAGCGUGCCCACUACACCACACAAACCUAAAGAUCAAGACCAGGAAGGGAAUAGUCGGUGGUCUGGGUGGACUCCGACAAGCAAAGGAUCUAGCAAAUCAAGCGUGGGCACUUUCGAGUCACGUAAACGUAAAAGAAAUCAGCGAUUAUUAGAGGACGCUGGAUUGGGAGAUCUCAGUACAAUCAUUGAUCGCUCUUCACUUUCUCUGUCGCCUCUCAAAAACCCAUACGAUGAAAGAGGUCAUGGCGUUUCUACGCCUGAAAACGCGAACACACCUUCCAGAGAGAUGGCAACUCCUAGCUCCCUCAUGCGUAAUGCAUUCGCCAAAAGCCGCCAACAAUCGCCGAACCUGUCUCCCGCGAAGAGAAGCGAGUCAUCCCGAAGUAAACAUCUUCGUUCUGAUACUGUUAUUCUGCCCUUGGAGAGAAAGAACCCUGGAGCUAUUACAUCCUCUCCAUCGCUCUCUCCCAGAGAUAAAGUUAUCGAUGGUGACCAUGGAAACUUACAAAGAAAAUUAGCUGAGGCGAAGAAACCGCUGCAGGGACAAUUUCCUUCGGCAUCGGCGAAAAAAA